AUGAGUGACAUUCGGGAGUUGGAAGCCUCCUUGGCACGGCAGAUUUAUGAGUCAGCUAUUUCCACACCUGAGUAUGGACAGAAUCCUUGGGACACGAAACCAGUCGUUGAUGCGUACCACAGAAGAUGCUUCGAGAAGACGAUUGCCAGAUUAGAAGCGACGUGGAGUAGUGGUGACUUAGCCAUCAGUGAGGAUCAGAGUGCAGGUAAGCACCACGCAAACCCGUCAUGUGGUCCCGUGGCUGGCGCCGAUGUUGGGCUUUGUUGUGUGGAUAUGGCGACCACAAGUAGGGAGGCCGUUGCGAGCGGUGAAUGCCCUACUGUUGAUGUGGUCCCUAGUCCCUCGAUAUUGCCCUGCAUGGCGUUUGCCAGUGGGAUUGCAGUUCGUGGUUGCGAUGGAUUUUCCAGCCCUGAUCCAACUGCUUUGUCCCUCAACUCGUCGUCUACACUUCCACCGGUGUGGAAGGCUUCACCAUCAACGCACACUGUUCCGCCGUUGUGGACGGCUCCGCCAGUGCAACUUGCCUCGCCGGAGCACACUGAUCUCAUCAUCGACCAACAAACUGACAGGACACAGACUACGACAUUGGACAAUCAACUGCAGAACCAUCAUGUUCGGGUGACGGCAGCUCAGCUGGAGCGGCACUAUCCACCAGCAAAAGCAGCCCCGCCGGAACGAAGGACGGCACCGACGGACCCCCGGAUGCAUGAUGCAUCACAGAAGCUGAAGAAAGGAUACGGACUGGUGCAGGACGCAUCACAGAAGACAAGGCCGAGGAGAGUACAGGAAGUACUGCCGAAGACAGGAUACCUGUUGGUGCGGGGAGCAUCAACGGCUUGGUAUCCGCCGGUGCAGGGUGCACCACUGAAGAAGGCCGCUGUAGGCAGAGUAUCCGAAGGUGCAGAGAGCACAGCAGAAGACAGGGGAUCCGUUGGUGCUGGAUACACCGCGGACAGAGCAACUACCGUUGACGGGAGUGUCACAGACAUGGGACCAGUUGGCACUCCGGACAGAUCAUCCGCCGGCACACAGAUUGGGGAUCCGCCGGCACCACAGACAGAGGACCCGCAGGCAUGGACGGAAGACCCGCCGGCAUGGACGGGGGAUCCACCAGCACAGACAGGGGAUCCGCCGGCACCACAUACAGAGGACCCGCUGGCACCAACAGAGGACCCGCCGGUACCACAGACAGAAGACCCGUCAGCAUGGACAGGGGAUCCGCCGGCACAGACAGGGGAUCCGCCGGUACCACUGACAGGGGAUCCGCCGGCACCACAGACAGAGGACCCGCCGGCAAUACAGACAGAGAACCCGCAAGCACGGAUAGGGGACCCGCCGGCAUGGACAGAGGAUCCGCCGACACCAACGACCAAGGACCCGCCGGCACUACACACGGAAUCCAAACAGAAUGUGUCAAGUGUUCCACCGUAUGGCCCAAGUUGCGGCUGA